AUGGAACAGGCCAUCGGUGGCGGCGGCGAUAAUAGCCCUAGCGUCACCGACGCUGCUGCCGCUGCCGUGGCCACCGACGGUGCUGCGGACGAGCCUGAGACUACAGCUCAGACCGAGCGACAUUACUUGCCGACCGUAGCGGUCAGCGAAAGCGAAUAUCCUACCGCCGCCUCCCCAGAUCUGGGAACUGGGGCUGGGGACCCGACACCGGCAGCGGUAGCAGCAGCUGAGGGGGAGGCGGCAGCAGCGGCGGGCGAGGCGGAUGCAAAGACCCCGGCCGGAGAUGGCGGCGGUAGCGGCGAAAGAGAGGCGGUCGGGGGUGCCGUGCUCUCUUGUUCUGAUUGUGGUCGUGAUGGAGUUAGUGGCAGCGAUUGUGGUGGUGACAGUGGUGGUUGUGAUGGUGGUGGUGGUGGUGGUGGCGGCGGCUCUGGAGAGAGUGCUGGCUGUGGAGAUGGUGCUGGCUGUGGAGAUGGUGCUGGCUCUAAAGAUGGUGCUGGCGCUGGCUCUGAUGAAACUGACGAUGACGGCGGAAAUAGUGGGGACAAUGCCGUUGCUGCCGGGGACGAGGAGAAGGCCACGGACGGCGAGGCGGUCGACCCCGACCCUAGCUCGAAGGACCAGCCCGAGGAGCACCUGUCGACCAAAUACACGAAGGAAGAACUGAUGGCGAGACACUGGGGCAUGAACUUGAUGCAGAUGAAGCGAGUCAAGGCGCUCCUGAGGAUGGGAGUCUGCGAGGAGGACCUCGAAAUUGCGGACAGACUGCUAAAGAUGGGCCUGAACUGGUCGAACGACACCCCGCCCACGAAGGAGGAGCAGCUCCUGGGCUACACCUCACAGCAGAGGCAGCGGGUGAAGGCUCUGCACAUCUUGGGUCUUACGGAGGAGUCCUUCGACCGCUGCCGGGCGGUCAUGCUGAGCUCCCUCGGGCCCUCGGCGUUCGGGUACUCCGCGGACGAGACGGCGGCGUCAGCAGUGAGCGCGGAGGCGGAGGAGGGCUGGACGCCCGGGGACAAGUUCCGGAGAAGAGCGGCCCCGAGCGGCGGCGGUGGCGGCCACCACCACACCGGGAUACUAAGGAUGCCGACGUUUAGCCACAGCAGGUAA